AUGCCAUCUCCGGUCCGACAUGAUGAAAAUGGGAAGAAAAAAUUGGAACAUGGAAAGAGUGUUGAAGUUAUAUUUGCCAGUGUGAUUGAUCAUGAUAUUUACAUCUUGGCAUGCUAUAUGAUAUAUGGUGUACUUCCAUCACCUUCUGCACUCCUUUUCGAAAUUUCUUUUUUGGAAGAUUUUGAGAGUUCGAUGGAAGGUUUUUUAACUCAAUCAUACACACCAAAUUGUGAACUCAUUGAUGAAUCAAGUCAAUACUAUUGCAUAUCCUGCACUCCGUUGAUAGGUGAUUCUCAAAGAAAAUGUUUGUAUUUAAUUGGUGGAAACGAUUAUCAUGGAGACUUUCGAAACAAUGGAAAUGAUGUCCUCAGUUGCUUCAGUCUCUCAAAGACUGGAGAAAGUGAAAAGAAAGUUUUUUGCUAUAGAAGUGAACGGAGAAAUCCUGCAAUUCAAAGUGCUGCCGUUUGGUUGGAAUGGUUCGCCUUAUUGUUUUACACAGGUUAUGAACGACUUUGUAAUGAUGUUAGAGUCGGAGGAGCUUCAUCUCAGCAAUUAUUUAGACGACAUUGGGAUGUUGCACUUUGGAGAAGAACAAAUUGCAUGGAACAAUAUCGAGAAGGUAAAAGAAAUGUUUACAAUGCUUGGAAUAGUGAUAGAAGAAAAGAAGAGUACGCUUCAACCAAAAAAGAUAUUUCAACUUUUAGGAAUGGUCGUGAAUCUAAACGAGAAGACAUUAACGAUGUCCUUAAAUACGAUCCAGAAAAUUCAAACAAGAAUCAAAGUUGUUCUAAGUGCAAGUCGAAGGAAAGAGGAGAUUACGGCGAGAGAUAUGUACAAAAUUGCCGGUAUUGUGAUCGCUUACUUGGAUUGUUUUCAGCCUGCACAGGUCAUGCUGAAUCCUAUUUAUUCGUUUGUGUUGAGUUAUGCGAAUCGAUUUGGAUGGGAUAUUGCGUUUGUGUUAGAAAAUCACCAAGUAAUUCACAACCUUCAAUGGAUAUUAGCCAAUCUAAUCCUUUGGAAUGGAAAGGUGUUUCAAAUCCCAAGUUUGAUCAAUUAUUUUUGGUCAGAUGCAUCUUCAACUGGAUAUGGAGCGUAUUUCAAAGAGAAAGGUCUAAGGAUUCAAGGAAUGUGGUCAGAACAAAAGAAAGAUCAUAUAAAUGUAUUGGAAGUAAGAGCUAUCUGGAAAGAUAUAUUAACAUGGAAGGAUAUUCUAAAAGGAAGACAUUUAAUUAUUUAUACGGAAUCAAAGGUAGCUUUAAGCUCGAUCCGGAAAGGAAGUUGCAAAAGCCCUAUCAUGAACAGAUUAAUUCAAUCAAUUUGGAGAAUUAUAUUCGAUAA